GUUUUCCCGCUCAUUCUUCGUUUUCUUGUACUCCAAGAUAUCGUCUUCCUCAUCCUCUUCUUCCACAAAGAUACGAAACACAAGCUGAUGAAGUCUUGUGGCGAUCUUGAUGUGCACAUUCUCCGUCGGAUUUCCUCAGAAAUAUUGGGUUUGAAGAGCCAUGGCUGUUGCGCCCUACGGAAAACUCGACUUAACUCAUUUGCCUCCAGGAGCCAAGACCAUGGAUAGCUACGAGAAGUUGAACCAAAUUGGCGAGGGCACUUACGGUCGAGUUUUCAAAGCUAGAGAUAAAGAAACUGGUGAUUUGGUUGCUCUGAAGAAAAUUCGGAAGGAAACUACUGAAACAGACGAGGGGGUAUUUCUUUGAUCACCUUACAAAACAUUUCUUCAUUUUGUGACUUCUUGUCUGUUCCUGUUGCAGUUCCCUACUACUGCUAUACGUGAAAUCAAAAUUCUGGGUGAAUUAAAACAUGAAAAUGUGAUCAAGCUAAAAGAAACUGUGAUGUCACCAGGGCCUGAGAGAGACAAGCCAGACGGUAACAAGUAUGAAGGGAGCAUCUAUAUGGUCUUUGAAUAUAUGGAACAUGAUCUAGCAGGCCUUCUUAAACGACCAGGGAUGAACUUGACGUCUUCCCAAAUUAAGUGUUGCAUGAAACAGCUUCUGCUGGCGCUUCACUUUUGCCAUGCAAAUAAUGUACUUCAUCGUGACGUCAAAACUGCUAAUAUUCUGAUGAACAAUGAAGGAGUCCUGAAACUUGCUGAUUUUGGACUGGCAAAGAAAUCUUCUGAUUCAGAGCAUACAAAUCCGGUCGUUACAUUAUGGUACAGGCCCCCAGAGUUGCUGCUAGGGGCAACAAAGUAUGGACCGGCUGUUGAUAUUUGGUCUGCUGGGUGUCUUUUUGCUGCGCUUCUUAAUGGGAAUGGGAAGUGUAUGUUCCGUGGAAAAACUGAGGCAGACACUCUGGGUCAAAUUUGUGAUCUCUGCGGAAAACCAAAUGAGACAAACUGGCCUGGGGUUUCUAAUCUACCUUACUAUUAUACAUUGCCACUAAGACCAAUGCAAAGACGCCUUAGGGAAGUUUACGCACAUUUUGGCAAAGAAGCUCUUGACUUGUUGGACAGGAUGUUGACGCUUAAUCCUGAUAAGAGGAUCGAUGCUUCUAAUGCUCUUGAUUCUGACUAUUUCUGGACUGAUCCGUUGCCCUGUGAUCCCAACAGUAUGCCCAAGUACAAGGAAUCACAUUACUACGAGGUGAGGCAAAAAAUAAAGAGCCUGAAAGAAAUGCUGUCUGAAAAAACUCCCAGUCAUCUGUUGAUGCCACCUCCAAAGAUGUCUUACAGCUCUCAAGCGGGGUCUAGCGGCUGUCAACCUCAUCUCAGUGGACCACAUCCUCCUCCUCCUUUUCAAGGGGGGCCUAGUGUCGGUUCUCAUGGUGGAUGUGGUAGUGGCCGUGGCUAUGAAGUUGGAGCUCCAUAUUAUCCUCAAGGAUAUGGACCAUCAUCUCAUGGGUCUAGGCCUCAUGGUGCAGGUGCCAGUGGCAGUGGCUGUGGAGGCCGAACUCCAAAUUAUCCUCAAGGAUACGGAUCAUCAUUUCAUGGGUCUAUGUCUCAUGGUGCAGGUGCCAGUGGCAGUGGCUGUGGAGGCGGAACUCCAAAUUUUCCUCAAGGAUACGGAUCAUCAUUUCAUGGGUCUAUGUCUCAUGAUGCAGGUGCCAGUAGCAGUGGCUAUGGAGGUGCCAGCAGCAGUGGUUAUGGAGGUAGAGCUCCAAAUUAUCCUCCAGGACAUGGAUCAUCAUUUCAUGGGUCUAGGUCUCGUGGUGCAGGUGCCAGUGGCAGUGGCUAUGGAGGUAGACCUCCAAAUUAUCCUCCAGGACAUGCAUCAUCAUUUCAUGGGUCUAGAGAUCUAGAACAUGGAUCAUCAUCUCAUGGUGCAGGUGCUAGUAGCAGUGGCUAUAGGGGUAGAAUUCCAGAUUAUCCUCAAGGAUAUGGAUCAUCAUCUCAUGGGUCUUGGUCUCGUGGUGCCAGUGCCGGUAGCCGUGGCUAUGGAGGUAGAGCUGCUAGUCAUCACCGUGGUGGUUCUUCCAGUUCUAGGUAAACAGAAAAUCAAUAGUGGCACUUCUUUGACUUGUUGAUGUUCAGCUGAGGAAGCAGUGUAAUAGGAUAGGCAUAUUCUUUUGUUGUUACGGAGAAAAUGAAAUUGUAGAUUGUUACUGAGGAAAGUUUUGUACAAUGUCACAAUAAAAUACAAAUUUUAGAGUUUCUCAAUAUGUAAGAUACUGAGAUAGAUAUGGUUGGAUGAGGAGAGAACUCUUUUGUCGCUGAUCCAUUUUUAAACAUC